CUCGUCUGCGGUCACUGAGAUUUGCUAGAACAAGAAAAACUGAAGACCCCAUAGUGGCUGAGUUGUGUGGUCUAAGAAGGCAAGCCUAAGUUUGGUAAUAGAAAGAUUUCACAAAUUAAACUCGUCUUCAGAGAAGCACUAUGAUUGAAAUUUCAAAUCGAAAAAACAAACCAUGUCAGUAAAAGCCAUCGCUUGGAGCGUGGACAACCCUGAACAUGUCAGGUUUCUCCUACGAGAUUGGCUGUACGAUAGACGGUUGCAACGCCCAAACAAGGACUCGUCUGGUGGGCGUUUCUUUUCGAAGAGGAUAGGUGUAUCUGGAUCGGGUGAUUACGUUUUCGAUAGUACCCAACAGCAUGCCCAUGCACAUGGUGACUCAUCGAAUCGAGAACGCCUGCAGAGUCUCGCAGCAGACGACGUAUUACCAGAAUCACAGAUGUUCGCCGAUAAAUCUUGACAAGGAGUUAGUUUUUUCCGGUAUUUGCACCAGAGCGAAGUCGACGAAGACGCGAUCUGUGGCUCUUGCUGAGAGUAGAUUGGAGUAUCAAACGGAUCUUGGUUAUGGAAGGGAAAAGUGUGCUUAUACUCAGAAAUUUAUUAGCUAGUUUUUCACUCGAAUGUAUGGUUUUGGUAUUUGGUAACCUGAAUUUGAUCACAAGGAUUCUCUUCUUGUUUUCCUUAUGAUCAAAAUCAGGUUAUCAAAUACCAGAACCAUUCAUCGAACCCGAGCUACAGACUCGGCCGUAUGUUCUUUUGGAAUUGCAAGUAUAAGGACUGUCUUACCUUUAUGAUGGAUCCAUCGUAGACGUGAAGUCCUCUAGUGCGGCUGACGAUCACAAUCAAGUAGGAACCGGAACUUCUUCAGUAAGGUCUCUCCAAGAAAACCGUAAUGACAGGGUCUGACGAAUUAUACUUAUAGUGCAAGUCGUGUAUCUACGACUCUCAUGUCGAAUAUCUACGACUCUCAUGACUGUUUAACGAGUAUCUACGACACUUAUGUCGAAGGGGCGGGAGUGGACAAUACUAGUGGAUGGGUUGGGCGAGCAAUAAGGCGUGUCUCAACCUCGAACAACAGAGCUGCCUAUAAAUCUGUGACUGUGAGGGCGGUUAGUUGAUGAACAGCGUCACGUAUGGUUUGUAAAGAUAAUAC